GCUCCAUGUAAACAAACACACACUGGGCAUGCGUCACUGGAAUAAUGGAGGACUGUCUUUCCUACCCGGACUGAUGAUGUCUGUAUUUCUAUUAUACUACCUAGGAUCUGAGGAAAAAACAACUCAUCUACAUUUCAGCGUGUAGUUAAGGUCUAACUCACCAUCCCAAGACAAGAUGACCACAGACACGCCUGCCCAAAGUGCAGUUUCCAGGAUCAUGACGUUCACCCCCUCUAAAGAGGAGUUCAAGGACUUUAGCCGGUACAUUGCCUAUAUGGAGUCACAAGGAGCACACAAAGCUGGAAUGGCAAAGGUUAUUCCACCUAAAGGGUGGAAGCCAAGACGGACGUAUGAUGACAUCGAUGACCUGGUGAUCCCUGCUCCCAUUCAGCAGGUGGUGACAGGCCAGUCUGGACUGUUCACACAAUACAACAUCCAGAAGAAACCAAUGACCGUCCAUGAGUUCCGCAAGACUUCCAACAUGGACAAGUUCUGCAAUCCUCGGUAUGUGGAUUUUGACGAGCUGGAGAGGAAGUUUUGGAAGAACCUGACCUUCAACCCACCCCUUUAUGGGGCUGAUGUCAGUGGAACACUGUACGAUCCAGACGUGACUGAAUGGAACAUUGGCCGUCUCAACACCAUUCUGGACACUGUGGAGAAUGAGAGUGGGAUCAAGAUCAAGGGAGUCAACACACCAUACCUGUAUUUUGGGAUGUGGAAGAGUGCUUUCGCAUGGCACACUGAGGACAUGGAUCUGUACAGCAUCAACUACCUGCAUUUUGGAGAGCCCAAGUCCUGGUAUGUUGUCCCACCAGAGCAUGGGAAAAGACUGGAACGACUUGCCAAAGGUUUCUUUCCAGGAAAUGCUCAGAGCUGUGAAGCCUUCCUGCGCCACAAGAUGACUUUAAUUUCACCCUCAAUCCUGAAAAAAUAUGGCAUACCAUUUGAGAAGGUCACUCAGGAAGCUGGGCAGUUCAUUGUGACGUUCCCGUUUGGCUAUCAUGCUGGUUUCAACCAUGGCUUCAACUGUGCUGAGUCUACCAAUUUUGCCACGCAGCGAUGGAUCGAUUACGGCAAACAGGCAACACUGUGUUCGUGCCGUCAGGACAUGGUGAAGAUCUCCAUGGAUGUGUUUGUACGCAAGUUUCAGCCCGACCGUUAUAAGUUGUGGAAGGCAGGGAAAGACAAUGCUCCCAUCGACCAUACCAAACCCACACCAGAGGCUGCUGAGUUUCUGAAAGAAGACAAGACCGAGCCUUCAAAUUGCAGUCCUGUUGAAGCUGGAUCUGAGGAGUCCACUGUUCCUGUCCAGGAAGACAAAAGUCCAAAGCCUCAGACUGGGACAAAGCGUCAGCUUGAAGCUGCUGAAGAUGUCAAACCUGAGCUGAUGGUGAAGGAAACUGAGGAGGUGGAGCCAAAGAAGGCCAAGCUGUCGCGCAAGGAGUCUCCAGCUAAACUCCCUGUCAAGCCAGACAAAGACAUAGUGAAUGUCAAGCUGGAGCCUAAGAAGGAGAAAGACACCAAGCCACAGUCUAAAUCUCAGUCCAAAGGCAGCACUAAGAAAACUUCAAACAGACGAAGCCCGUCAAAAAAAGAGAAGAGCAGCGUAUUGGCUGCAGACGUCUGUCCUCCUGAGCCUGUUGAGAGCCAGGUGGUGGCUCUGUGCUGUGAGGAAGCAGGUGGCAGCGUGGAGCCUCAGCUGGGCAGCAGCUGCAGCCCGGCACACAAACUGUUUCAGAGGACGCUGAGCCCUGCGGACGUCCUGCAUGUCCACAGCUACGCCAAAGGAGACUAUGGAGAGGGAGAAGCCCCACCCAAGGAAGAGAGGAAGAGUGAGGGUAUUGACAAUGAGAUGGAGAAAGACAACAGACUUGUGAGCAAAGCAGUGGCAGAGGAGGUGGUGGAAGAUGGAGAGCCAGAGAGUGAUUUAGGACAGCUGCCAGGACACCACCCACUCAUAAAGGAUGGCAUGAGUGAUGAAGAGGCUCCAGGAGAGGCCCCCCCAGUCGAGGAGGGUGGUCUGGAGGGGGAGGGCUGGGCUAAACCUCUGGCUCACCUGUGGCAGAGCAGACCACCCAACCUGAAGAAAGAGAGAGAGUACAACCAGCGCAUGGGCUCCAAACCUCCAUACUGCUCCAUCUGCAUGUUGUUCCACACAUACCAGCAGACUGAAUGUGCAAACAGCAUAGACAGUCCUGUCAUGGUGCCUGGUGGGCGGAUGCGGACCAAACCUCUGAUCCCAGAGAUGUGUUUCACCACCACCACGGAGGAGGACUCUGAGUGUGAGCAGCAGCCUGUCACCCCUCAUCUGGAGGAAGAUGGAACCAGCCUCCUCAUCAGCUGCUCACACUGCAGCGUGCGGGUCCACACCAGCUGUUAUGGUGUGGAUCCAGCCAGUGUGAGCAAGGAGUGGAAAUGUGCACGCUGCAAAGCCAACGCCAUGACUGAGAAUUGCUGCUUGUGUUCACUGAGAGGUGGAGCCUUGCAGAAAGCCAACAACAACAAGUGGGUACAUGUGCUGUGUGCAGUGGCUGUGUUGGAGGCACGCUUUGUCAGUAUCACUGAAAGAAGUCCUGUGGAUUUAAGUGGAAUCCCUUUGCAGAGAUUUAAACUGAAAUGUUACUACUGUAAGAAGCGGAUGAAGAAGGCAUCUGGCUGCUGCGUGCAGUGCUCUCAUGGCCGCUGUCCCACUGCUUACCAUCCUACUUGUGCACAGGCUGCUGGAGUACUAAUGCAGCCAGAUGAAUGGCCUUUUGUGGUCCAUGUUACCUGCUGUCGACACAAAGGCCCCACUCAGAUUGAGCGUAAUAAAGCAGCCAUGCACGAGCUGACUGUGGGACAGAAGGUGAUAUGUAAGCACAAGAAUGGCCGUUACUACCAGUGUGAUGUGGUGCAGCUGUCUAAAGAAACAUUCUAUGAAGUCAACUUUGAUGAUGGUUCCUUCAGCGACAAUCUCUUCCCUGAAGACAUUGUGAGCCGAGACUGUGCUCAGCUUGGACCCCCACCCCAGGGUGAAGUGGUUCAGGUGCGAUGGACAGAUGGCCUGGUGUAUGGGGCCAAAUUUGUGGCAGCUCAUGUCAUCCAAAUGUACCUGGUGGAAUUUGAAGAUGGGUCACAGCUAACAGCCAAGAGAGAUGAUGUCUACAGUCUGGAUGAGGAACUCCCCAAGAGAGUCAAAUCUAGACUGUCUAAAGCGUCAGACAUGAGAUUUGAUGGGAUCUUUGAAGAGAGGGAGAUCAUCCAGGAGUCAAAGAGACAGAGAGUGAUCAACUCACGUUACAGGGGGGACUACAUAGAGCCUGUGAUUUACAGAGCCAUCAUGGAGUAACCCUCACUCCCUGUCUGCUCACCCACGCACCACCAGCACUGACAGACUGAACUGUGCUCACUGUACCUUAUCUUAGCAGCUAGCCACUGAGAGAGUGUAGCUCCAGAUGACUUCCCUCAAGACCUGUUUUGGACUGUUGUCUUUUUUUACUCCUCCUUUGUUAAAGGUAUACUAUGCAGGGAAACCCCCCCCACCACCACCACCACCACCAAAAAAAAAAAAAAAAAAGGUAGGGUGUGAGGGUGGGAAAAAUUUAGCAACCUCCCACCCUCCAGCAAGAUUGUGCAGAGUAGUGGUCGUGUCUGUCUGAGCUUCAGAACAUCACACAUCACACAAUACUUGCACAUGUUGAGCAGGGUAGGAGCGGCCAGCUUUGAAUGAUGUGUUUCUAAACAGCAUCCAACAAAUCCUGUGUAGCAUACCUUUAAAUCAAAGAGAAUCCUUUUUGCUUUCUUUGUUUGACUGUGAUUAAGGAAACAGCAGUAUUUUUUAUUUCAGUUUUUCCAUAGGACUCUGAACAUGGUGCACAAGCUGACAUACAGCUCUGGCAGUAUGUAACAGUAGGAAGCAGUAUAAAAGUGACAUUUGGCAUUCAAUAAAGUAACUCUGCCACUUGAGUGUUUACCUAAGUUUAAAGGAUAAUAUCAGUAUCAUUUUAUUUCUUUCCUGCUGCCACCAGUGCCUAUGAUACAGAGCCUGACAGGUAUCAAAGGUAAAAUCUUUGAUUCAUUUGUAACCUCAUAUUUAGAAUUUGACAGUUACUAACUUGUGCCUUCAAAUGGCUGAAUUCAUUCUGUCAAAUUAACACACUUAUUGCAAUUAUUCCUGUAGUUCCUGUCACGUGUGCACACACAGACUAAUUUGUGUGCCCAAAUUAUUAAUUUGUGGGUCUGAUUUACCAAAUUGUGUGCUGGGAUUAUCAGUGUGUUCAGGGUUGCAACAGAUGAUUAUUUUAAUCAUCAGUCAGUCUGACAGGUAUUUGCUCAAUUAAUCGACUGACUGUGUGACAUUUGUGAAAAACGCUAAUCACAACUUCCCAGAGCUGAAAUUAACUCACACUCAAUUUUUAUUUAGUUAAGAAUAAGAGAGAGAGGAGAAGUUGUGAGUAUAUAUUUGGUACAAAAUGAUCAAUUUGGAUACAUUUUCUAUUGAUUGAUUCAUUGACUCGUCAUUUCAACUUUAAAAAUGCUACCCAGAUACCUGCCAGGCCUCAUAGUCUAAGGAGGCUAGACUGAAGUUCUGCCAUGCUAAUUUGAUAAAACGUUGUUCAGGAACAUGCACCUUGUCUCUUAACUACUAAAUUCACCAAAAACCUGGCUACUGGGGCUCUGGGGCUUUUCCAGGCUGGUAAUUAGGCCUUGCUUACCCGCACUGCUAAAUUUGACUUUUGCACUUUCUACAGGCCAUUGGGCAUCUAUUGGGCAACACAUUGACAUAGAUAUGCAGUUAGAGAAAGAUGUUCUCAAUGAGUCACAUUCUAAAUAUCUAACCCAACACAAGCUCGUCCUGUUAACAUAUUUACAAAAAGUCCUGUACACAACACAAAAGGUGCUGAUUAGGUCAGGUAGCAGGUAGCAGAGCCCUAGGCCAGGUCCAUUAACGAUUUUAGUCAUCAGUUCCAUUUACUUAUUGAAAAUCUCAUUGACCACAGACCUCUCAAAACACUUCACACAUCAUGGAGCCAUGCAUUUUAAUAACAUGAGUUGAUAGUCACUGUUGGAAUGCACAGUCAUGGUUAGACUCUUUACAGGCAUCGAUCAGAAAACAAAAUUGCACUGGUAUUAUACUUUAUUUAAAGGAAUACUUCACCCAAAAGGUUUCAAUCAGUCAGCUACUUGCUUCUGAUAGACGAAUGAUUGUGCUUGUGCUCCUUCAGGACAACAAAAGUGGCAUCCAUUUCUUACAACAAUGAAGUUACAGAAAGAUUAUUUUUAGUAGCAAACAGACCAAAAAACACACCUCAGAGCACUGGGAAUGGCUUGAAAUGUUUCUAUACUAGUGUAGGUACAAUAACAGUUUGUUUUUAAAGUUUAUAAAGAUUUAAAUUAAUUUACAUUUUUUAGAUUUUUGUAGAUUUGUGCCCUUUUGCAUAAAAUGUAAUCAAAACUUUUUAAAUCUUGUCCAAACACUAGAAGCAACACAAGAACAUUGCCUAAAUUACACAGAAUUGGUUGAAUUGUAAUCAGAAACAAUCUGAUCAAAGAGGAAGUUACAACCUGGUGCUACAGACAUUUUUAUAAGGAUCGGUUGACUGAUUCAUACAUGACCUUAGCAACAGUAAUGUUAUCCCAAAGGUCCAGUCACUGGUCUUUCUCCAGGCAUUCAACUGCAGUUUGAAUCUCUGUGUCUUAUGAAUUGAAAUUAUUCUGUUACACAUACAUUUUUUUUUACAGAGUAACUAAGGCAUGCACUGAGAAGACAUAGAUGAUUUACAGGGUUUAAUGUGCAGCUCUAGUAUUUUGGACAUAUGAGCAUACAAGUGGACACUGCGACCUCGGCAUGAGCAGUUUUAAAGUUUUUAGUAAAAAUGUUUAAUACUGUUUUGCUGUUGUUGUGGUAUCUCCCUAUAAUUUCAGUUUGUUGAGAGACUGCUCAUACUUGAGUCUAAUCUUUUCCCCAGUGUGUAACAAAUUUAUACAAAAGUGUCUUUGGAUGAAGUAUUUCUUUAAGUGGGAGCGAUGCCAUUAAAUCCACUGAUUAUGCCUCCUCUUCAACUGUAUCUAUUAACUGCAUUCCUUUCCAUUUCAUUUAGUGCAACUGAAUCUAAUUUUUACAUGUUGACUUGUUUUUACCAGUCUAUUUAUUAAGGUGCUUUAAGAAAGUAAGCUCUGCAUUACAGACAUGAGUCUGCAGUAGUACUGCAGAAGUUGAGGUUGAUGAUGUAUGUUCUAUUUUUUCUACCGUAUAUAGAUGAAUUUUAAAGAAUCCAUUCAGAUUUUUUAAUGCGCUUUGUCUACCCAGUUGUUUUCUCACUCUUCCACUGAAAGUUGUGCAUUGCACUUUUUUUUUUUUUUUUUUUAAUUUAAGUCCAGUUUCGAGGACAUUUGAAUAGUCGUGUGCUGCCAUUGCUAAAUUGUUAAAAAUCUGUUUUAGAAUGUUAAUUGUACAUUUUAUGAAAUGUCUUACAGAUUGUGCACCCCUCCCUCUUGGCCAAGCUCAUUGAUCACAUUGCACUUGUUACUGGGACAUGGUGGCCUUCAGAUGUCAUCCUCUGCCUGUGAACUUCUUGUUGUGGUGUGAGACUGCAGACAGAGAAAUGCUAGUUUUCUAGUUAGUCGUUGCCAGAUCAGACACCCUGCUUUCAUCAGUCCAGUGGAGAAUGAAUUUAUUUUAUUCAUAAAGUAUCAACAGAGUUGUACAUGAAGAGGGUGGAUUUUCUAUUCUAUUUUAUUGCAUUGUUUUGUAAAACAUGUUGUAUGUGUAUUUUCACAGAGGCCUGUGAAGUGUAAAUGUCAUGUAGUCUAUUUUGAGAUGUUACAUGUUGACCCAGGAGAUGAGCUGUUUGUUUCUGUUGUCUCCUCUUGAAGAGAAAUAACUGAACUUCCAGAUAAUCAUUCAAGCAUUUUGUAAAAUUCAUUUUGUUUGUUUCAGUAAAGAAAUUUGCUUCA